UCACAGAAAAUAGAAACAAGAUGGCAGCGGCAUAGAAAAUUAAUAUCAGUUUUAUCAUUAAAUUACUAAUCUGUGCUUGAAAAACAUCGCGAUGUCGGACGAUAUGUUCUAUUGCUCCUUCGUCAGUAUUCAUUAUAUUAUCUGUGAAUGUGGAGAAACAUUUCCAACAGAGGAAGAAUUAAAAACACAUCUCGAAAGGGAUCACGCUGUGAAAAAAGAGAAAAAGGAGUAUAUAUGUGGAGUUUGCGAAGCCAUAUUUGGUUCCGAGGAAGAAUGCAUCGAGCACUACGAGCAGACUCACAUCGAGAUCAAAGAGGAACUGGACUAUGUGGAGACGGAGGAGGCCGAGGAAGCGGAGCAGGUUGAGGAGCAGCAGGAAAUGGAGGAGGACACUGAAGAGAAAACAGAGAUUAUCUACGAGCAUGUCGUAGAAGAAGAAGAGGAAGACGAGGAGGAGGAGGAUGUGAAGCCGCCCCCCCUCCCCAAGAGCAGGACCAAGAAGGAGAAGAAACCAAAGUCUUAUUAUAACAUGAAGAAUAUUGUCUGCGAGGUCUGCGGCAAGAGAUAUGCUUCAAACGCAGCCCUCCGCUACCACCAGCGCGUCCACACCGGGGAGAGGCCCUACAAGUGUACGGAGUGCUCCAAGAGCUUCACCAUGCCUCUGUUCCUGCAGAUUCACUUGAGGACUCACACCGGAGAACGUCCAUACGAGUGUUCUCUCUGUCCGAAAGCCUUCAGCAAUAAGGCGGCCCUGUUGCGACAUGAUCGGGUCCACACCGGCAUUAAGCCCUACGAGUGCCCACAGUGCGGUAAAUUCUUCACUCAGUCCAAUUCUAUGAAGCUUCACGUAAACACUGUCCACCUGAAGAUGCCUGCCCCCUACAAGAGCAAGACGAGACGGAACAAGGCCAAGGAGAGAGAGAUGCUGCGAGAGGCGAUACUCAGGGUCAUCGAUAAGGAGGAUAACACCGCAGUUGAAACUAUAAGCCAAUCGGAAACCAUCGAAACCUCGGAACUGCACUACGUCAAGUCCGAAGUGGACUACCAUCAGCAAGAAGUUGAAGAAUCCCAGGUCCUAUACGAGGAUGUUGACUCCAGGGAGAUAACGUACGAGGUUGUCUACGAGGAGUAGUAUACGAGGACGUACGAGGUGUACAGGAAAUGGAUUCAACUAUGGUUUUAUAAAGGUAUGGUUACCGGCACGGAUCUUGAGCGCUCGGCGGAAGAGUGGGGAUCGAUUUGAGGAUCUAAAUACUAAUAUAUAAAGCUGAAGAGUGUGUUUGUUUGAACGCGGUAAUAUCAGGAACUAGUGGUUCGAAUUGGAAAAACUUUUUGUGUUGAAUAGACCAUCCAUCGAGGAAGGUUUUAGGCUAUAUAACAUCACGCUGCAACUAAUAGAA